GACGUGGCAGAGGCGGCACCAGCCAUGUUGUCCUGGCCGAGGCGCUCCUAGAGGCCGGGGGCGGGGCGGUGCCGCCCCUGAUUGCGGUGCCACGGCUGCUACAGGGCUUUGGAGCAGACGGACUGCGAGGCGGAGGCUGUGGCCGUCACGGAGCCUAGUUAGACAGAAAUAAGAAUCAAGUGCUACAAUGACAACCUAUUUGGAAUUUAUCCAACAAAAUGAAGAACGAGAUGGAGUCCGGUUCAGUUGGAAUGUUUGGCCAUCUAGUCGCCUGGAAGCUACACGAAUGGUGGUCCCAGUGGCAGCCCUGUUCACCCCUCUGAAGGAGAGACCCGACUUACCUCCCAUUCAGUACGAGCCUGUCCUGUGCAGCAGGACCACUUGCCGUGCAGUUCUGAAUCCUCUAUGUCAAGUGGAUUAUCGAGCAAAACUCUGGGCUUGCAACUUUUGUUACCAAAGGAACCAGUUUCCACCUACAUAUGCUGGGAUAUCUGAAUUGAACCAGCCGGCCGAGCUUUUACCCCAGUUUUCAAGCAUUGAAUAUGUAGUUCUGCGUGGUCCCCAGAUGCCUUUGAUAUUUCUCUAUGUGGUUGAUACUUGCAUAGAAGAUGAAGAUUUACAGGCUCUGAAGGAAUCUAUGCAGAUGUCAUUGAGUCUUUUGCCACCUACAGCUUUGGUUGGACUUAUUACUUUUGGGAGAAUGGUGCAGGUUCAUGAGCUUGGAUGUGAAGGCAUUUCAAAAAGCUAUGUCUUCAGAGGGACGAAGGAUCUGUCUGCCAAACAACUGCAGGAAAUGCUGGGGCUCUCUAAAGUGCCUGUAACUCAAGCCACACGUGGUCCUCAGGUACAGCAACCACCUCCUUCCAAUAGAUUCUUACAGCCAGUACAGAAGAUAGACAUGAAUCUCACAGAUCUUCUGGGAGAACUUCAGCGAGACCCUUGGCCUGUACCACAAGGAAAGAGACCUUUGCGUUCCUCAGGAGUGGCGCUUUCUAUAGCUGUAGGACUGCUUGAGUGCACUUUCCCCAACACUGGCGCUCGGAUCAUGAUGUUCAUUGGUGGUCCUGCUACCCAGGGCCCUGGAAUGGUGGUGGGAGAUGAGCUAAAGACACCUAUACGAUCCUGGCAUGACAUUGAGAAGGACAAUGCCAAAUAUGUUAAGAAGGGAACUAAGCAUUUUGAAGCGUUGGCUAAUCGAGCUGCUACGACAGGGCAUGUCAUUGAUAUCUACGCCUGUGCAUUGGACCAGACAGGGCUCUUGGAGAUGAAGUGCUGUCCUAACCUUACUGGAGGAUACAUGGUAAUGGGUGACUCUUUCAAUACUUCCCUAUUCAAGCAGACUUUUCAAAGAGUCUUCACCAAAGAUAUACAUGGCCAGUUUAAAAUGGGCUUUGGUGGCACAUUAGAAAUAAAGACCUCAAGGGAAAUAAAGAUUUCAGGAGCUAUUGGACCCUGCGUGUCUCUGAAUUCUAAAGGACCUUGCGUGUCUGAAAAUGAGAUUGGAACUGGUGGCACUUGUCAGUGGAAGAUAUGUGGACUUAGUCCCACUACAACCUUAGCCAUUUAUUUUGAAGUUGUUAAUCAGCAUAAUGCUCCAAUUCCUCAAGGAGGACGAGGCGCCGUCCAAUUCGUGACCCAGUAUCAGCACUCAAGUGGGCAGAGACGCAUCCGAGUGACCACAAUUGCUAGGAACUGGGCAGAUGCUCAAACGCAAAUCCAGAGCAUUGCUGCGUCUUUUGACCAGGAAGCAGCUGCCAUUCUCAUGGCUAGGCUGGCAAUAUACAGAGCAGAGACAGAGGAAGGGCCGGACGUGCUGAGAUGGCUGGACAGACAGCUCAUUCGACUGUGUCAAAAAUUUGGAGAGUAUCACAAAGAUGAUCCAAAUUCCUUCCGGUUUUCAGAAACAUUUUCCCUUUAUCCACAGUUUAUGUUUCAUUUAAGAAGAUCACCUUUCUUGCAAGUUUUUAACAAUAGUCCUGAUGAGAGUUCCUACUAUCGGCACCAUUUCAUGCGUCAGGACCUGACCCAGUCUCUAAUCAUGAUUCAGCCCAUUCUGUAUGCCUAUUCCUUCAGUGGCCCACCAGAGCCGGUUCUUCUAGACAGCAGCAGCAUUCUUGCAGAUCGCAUUCUUCUCAUGGACACAUUUUUCCAGAUUUUGAUUUAUCAUGGUGAGACUAUAGCACAGUGGCGGAAGUCAGGAUACCAGGACAUGCCAGAAUAUGAAAAUUUCCGGCACCUUCUGCAAGCCCCAGUAGAUGAUGCACAAGAGAUUCUUCACUCCAGAUUUCCAAUGCCGAGAUACAUUGACACGGAGCACGGUGGCAGCCAGGCUCGUUUCCUCCUUUCGAAAGUCAACCCUUCACAGACUCAUAAUAACAUGUAUGCCUGGGGGCAGGAGUCCGGAGCGCCUAUUCUCACAGAUGACGUUAGCUUGCAAGUGUUCAUGGAUCAUUUGAAAACUUGCAGUGUCGAGUGCUGCGUGACAUGCCACAUGUGUCAGAUGCUCAAGAAUUACUACUUCAGUGGCUUUUGCUUUUUUCAUUUCUCUGUGGAAGCAACAGAGAUCUCUCUCUAAAGCUGUUUUGUGUCAGUGUGGUGUGAGGUGACAUAUGGAAAAUGUUGAUGAUUGUAGAUUAAGCUGAAACAUAAUGAGAGCAAUGCGAACAAGUUUGUUUUGCCUGAUACAGUAUUAUAACUGAUUUGGUAACAUUGAAGUUUUUAUGAUGUAAUUAUGUUUAAUGAGUUAGAAUAGUUUGCUUUGUUUUACAGACACCACUUAUUUGUACACUGCAAACAGAUCUAGAGUGGCACUGGGUCUCCUCCCUGACCUUUUAGGGAUUAUUUAAUAAGAGCCAGAAUGGAACAAAUCAAUAGUGAUGAUAUUUGGAUAGUUUGCUAUUUUUGUGAAGUAAUUUUCUUUCUUUUUUUUCCCUUUUAGCAUACAUUGUGUAUGCUAUUCUGUAUUUUGUUAAAUUGGAUUUAUUUUAUGGUUUAUUUUGGAUUAUUUGACUUUAUAGUAGCAAUUUUUAUAAAGGUAAUUUAAUGUUUUUGGUUAUUUUCAAAAAUUAUUUAGAGUUAAAAAAUUUGAGUGAGGUAAUAAUCCCAGAGCAGACAUUAAAUGUGAAAUUCCCACAGAGAGCCUGACUCACAUGACCAACUAGAGUAAUUUUUUUAAAGGAAGGGAGCUAGAAAAACCAAGCAUGCUGUCAGGCUGAUUAAGGGAUCCUUUGCUGUAAGAGACUGUGUGGCCGCGAAGCACGUGCUGUGUUUGUUAGAUCAUUUACUGUCCCUUCCCAGACAACUCCCAUUGUGUUCUUCAGUUUUUUAACACUAUUUUAGGAGUUUUACUUCACUCCUUGUUUCUGUUUCCUUGUGAAUUUAUUAAUUUGUGGUUCUUACUGAGACAGUAUUAAUAUAAUGUUUAAUUAUGUCAUGUGGAGAUAGUUCUGUUUGAUUUAUUGAUUAGUAUCAUUCACUUUUACCUUUUAAAGUUUACUUGUAGCAAAUGUUUACAUUGCUGAAGCAGAUGCAUCUGACGAUGAAAUGCAUGUGUCAAGUGCUGCACAUGUAAGGGGUGCUCUGGUGGGCAGGCGGGCGGGUGCAGCAGUGGGACUGACUGCACCGGCAUGAACACAAUCAGACAACGGCAAAGCAGAGACUUCAGCUGUUAUACGACUAUCUAAAUAAAUUGCUUUGUUCUGUUUUAUUUGAAUUGAACUGUGCUAGCCCCAAAUGCCAAUAAAAUAUACCUUUCUCUGUUUU